UUCAGCACCAAACACACACACACACGGUCUCUUUCCUCUCCUUUUCUUCCUCCGCUUUGCAGCUUCAGACAUUUGGGGAAUCCUGAAACAAGUUGUUCCCACAAAGAGGCACUGCCAACUUAGUGUAAGUAGACUCUGAAUGAACAGAAGAAACAGAAAGAGGCUGUGUUUCACUAGGAGCCUUGAUAUUCCUGCCCUCCCGUGUUCACUCCUUCAUGUCUUUUGUUGUGGACACUGACUGCGCUGGUUGGACACCGUGAGACUUUUGAUUAUGGACAUAGAGACGCUGUAGAGCCCGACACGCUGCAUGUACGCUCGACUUGCUGCACCUGCUCCUGAAACAUGGCGUGGUUUAGAUGAUGGAAGUUGUGCAGCGGGACUGAUCGUCGAGUCAGAUCAAAGAGACACUCACUACUGGGGAGUGGCAGAAGACUCAGUGUCGUCUCCCACGGGCCCCGCUCCCAUGGACCUGCGUGUAGGUGAGCGUCUGGUGCGUCCGGGUUCGGACACGGCCUUCCUGUCCCCUCUGCACCCCCCUCUGCUGAUUGGCUUCAAUCCGCAUAACUGUUCCCAGUACAGCCAGCAGCAGCUGCAGCACAUACAGCCGUAUAACAUGGAGCAGCAUCUACGAGAUCAGGAACUAGCGAAACAACAGCUACAGCAACUUAAAAACAAGGACAAGAGUCAACAAAGUGCUGUGGCCAGUGCGCUGGUUAAGCAGAAACUGGCGCAGGUGAUUCUGAAGAAGCAGAAGGCGGUGCUGGAGAGGACCAACUCCAACCCUCUGAGCACCCCGUCCGUCGCCUACCGUCUUGUGUGUUCCCACAGAGAGCUGGUUCCAGAUCCCAGCGCUCCUGUACAGGCGCUCCUGUCCUCCACAAAACCGUCUCUCAACGAAGGGCCCGACGAACCGCCGCUGAGACGAGCAACCUCAGAGCCCAACCUGAAGGUGAAGCAUAAAUUAAAGAAGCACCUGAACACCCGUAAGAGCCCGCUGACCCGCAAAGAGAGCGCGCCGCCCACCAUCAAACACCGCGUUCCUGAUACGCUGGACUCGUCCCCCAGCAGCAGUAGCACUCCAGUAUCCGGCUGCAGCUCUCCAAACGACAGUCUGCCCAAUGAGAACGGAGUUCUGCCCGCCACCGCCAGCCUGUCCCAUGAGGCUCAGAGGCUGCUGUUGCAGGACGGCUCUUUAACUCACUUCACGGUGCAGAAUCCCUCCAGUCUCCCCACCAUCACGCUAGGCCUUCCCGCUAACGCCAAGGCAGAGAGCGAGUUGGGUUCGCUGAAGCUGGGUCGUGUGCCGGUGGUUCCAGGUGGGUCUCCGGUGCUGGUUCCUCUGGGUGUGGAAGAGCAGACUGGACCGCUCAUACAGCCCGUCCUCAUCCUGGAGCCCUCUGGACUCGUACACACCCCUCUACUGGCCGUUCCAGGUCUGGGUCCGGUUCCCCUGCAGUUCAGCACGUCUGGUCCUCAUAAGCCGCUGAGCCGUACCCGCUCCGAACCGCUGCCCCAGAGUCCCCGUGCGCUCCAUCCUCACCUGCUCCAGCAGCAGCAGCACAGCGCUCAGCUCCUGGAGAGACUCAAGCAGCAGACUCACCUGGGCAAGCUCAUGUCGAAGUCCAGCGAGAAGCCUCGUCUCCGGCAGAUCCCGUCAGAGGACAUGGACUCCGAGGAGGUGGGGCCGUCAGCGGGCGACGCCCAUCAGGGCAGGGCGAGGGCGGAGUCUCAGAGAGAGCUGGAGAGUCAAGACGAGCAACUCAACCUGCAACACACCCUCAUUCUCAACCAGUCACGUCUGUGGGAAACGCAAAAGCAACUCCAGCAGCUGCGCAGACAGACGGCUCACAUGGAGACACUGGCGGUACCCAUGAUGCUCGGCGGCGCACACCGGCCGCUCUCUCGUACGCAGUCGUCUCCAGCUUCCACCUCGCUAACGCUGCCGGACAAAGCCUUGCCUCUCACCACGGCACCAGAGCCGCCCCAGAGCCAGCCGCGCUUCACCACGGGCCUGGUGUAUGACUCCCAAAUGCUGAAGCACCAGUGUACAUGUGGAGACAACAGCAGCCACCCAGAGCAUGCUGGGAGGAUCCAGAGCAUCUGGUCGCGCUUGCAGGAGAGGGGCCUCAGGGGCCAGUGUGAGAGUAUUCGGGGAAGGAAGGCCACCCUAGAGGAGUUGCAGUCUGUCCACACCGAGCGCCACGUCCUGCUGUACGGCACCAAUCCGCUCAACCGCCUCAAACUGGACAAUCGCAAACUGGCCGGCAUACUGUCACAGCGGAUGUUCGUCAUGCUGCCCUGUGGGGGAGUCGGGGUGGACAACGACACCAUCUGGAAUGAGAUGCACACUUCCACAGCGUCCCGCAUGGCGGCCGGGAGCGUGACAGAGCUGGCCUUCAGAGUGGCUAAAGGAGAGCUCAAGAACGGCUUUGCUGUGGUUAGGCCACCAGGACAUCACGCAGACCCGUCAAACCCCAUGGGUUUUUGUUUCUUCAACUCGGUGGCGAUCGCUGCUAAGCAGCUCCAGCAGAAGCUCAGCGCCAGUAAAAUCCUCAUCGUUGAUUGGGAUGUUCAUCAUGGCAACGGCACCCAGGAGAUCUUCUACAAUGACCCCAGCGUCCUCUACAUCUCUCUCCAUCGCUAUGAUAAUGGAAACUUCUUCCCCGGGAGUGGCGGACCGGCAGAGGUGGGUUCUGGUGCCGGUGAGGGUUUCAACGUUAAUGUGGCGUGGACCGGUGGUCUGGAACCUCCCAUGGGCGAUGCGGAGUACCUGGCUGCCUUCAGGACGGUGGUGAUGCCCAUUGCUCAGGAGUUUUCCCCAGACGUCGUGUUGGUGUCUUCAGGGUUUGAUGCCGCAGAAGGACACCCUGCUCCUUUAGGAGGAUACAAAGUCACUGCUAAAUGUUUCGGGUUUUUGACUCGGCAGUUGAUGACGCUAGCAGGAGGACGCGUGAUUCUUGCAUUAGAGGGAGGUCACGACCUCACUGCCAUAUGUGAUGCUUCUGAGGCCUGUGUCAGCGCUCUGCUAGGACUGGAGGAGCCUCUUCCGGAGUCGACUCUCCUGCAGACGCCCAAUGCCAACGGAGUGCUUUCCCUCCAGAGAGUGCUGCAAAUACAGAGUCAGUAUUGGUCAUCACUGAAGCCGGUGAUGGGCACAGUGGGGAUGUCGUUUCUGGGUGCCCAGAGGAAAGACUGUGAGGAAACGGACACAGUGAAUGCGAUGGCGUCCCUCUCCGUGGGUGUUUUGACCAACAAAAGCCUUGCUGAUGAACCCAUGGAGCACGACGAAGAAGACUCCCUUUAAACCAGGUCUUUACGCGUCUGAAAACUGUCCAGUACCAAAAUGGCGCUCCACACCACGUGAUCGAGCCGUGCCUCAAGACCAGCAGUGCCUCAGGGGGGCGUGGCUUCCUCAUCAUAGCCCCUCCCCCAAGACACCACCUCAACACUGACCACCAGCACAGCGCGGCUAAGCUAACAACCCGCAGCUACAGUUCUGCCGGGGCUCUGGGAUCCACGGCAUCUUCUCCAUACCACACAAACAAACACACUAUGAGGCCGUUAGUGUGUUUUUAACAUUCGCUAAAAGAAUGUGCUCGAAUAUUCACCUCCGGUGCCUCGGAAGAGACUAUUUACCUUAGCUGGAGAUGCAAAAGGAACAGUUCCAGUUAAGGAUUAUUUAACCUUUUUUUUUCAAACUACCCCUGACAAGCGGACUGUGUGCUGAGAGAAAAUGAGGGGUUUCCUUGCACCUGGCAACCACAAAGUGGCUCCACUCUAUGAUGCCAUUACUAUUAACCAAUUUAACCACUAAAGACGAAGAAGAAGAUCUCGACGACUGUGGGUUUUAUAAAUCGUAAUUUUUUUUUGCACUGUGCAUUCCAUAAUGUGAACCGUGAAAUUUUCCAAACCUCUGGGAAACGAAAGAUCUAAUUCUGUAUCUAGUUUUACGCUUUUAAAGUGAAGCAAAAAAAAAAAAAAUAGUUGCAUUCUUGUCAAGUUCAGUUGCGUUCUACCUGCAUUCCCAGCAUGAAGGCUGUAGACUUGAAUACUUCGAGAUUUGUACUGAUUUUGUGUAUCUGCCUCGCGUUUUUAAAGGCCAGAGGGACAAACCAGCUACGAGCAAGUUUAUUGCACACACCCACCCAAAAAAAAAAAACACAUGUACUCUCUAAUUUCUGUGCACACGUCGCAUCCUUAUGACCACUGUACAGUUAAUAUCGUGGACACAGGAAGUGCUUAGGCUUUCCCUAGUAGCUCAGUCUCUUUUUAGACCAAACUAAUUUGAAUAUGACUUUUAUAUGUGUGUGCGUGCGUGUAUCUAUCGAUCAUCUAUCAUCUUUUGUCUGUUCUGUACUCGCAGUUGACCACGAAAAGCGCAAAACGACAUUUGAAUGGGCUCUCGCAGCCACUUUAAUGGCAGUGUGUGAAAUUCUUUUUACAGCACAAUUGUCUGUAUUUUUUUUUUCACUGAUCUUUGUUGUUUUGGACGAGGGAAAUGGCUAGCUUGUUAACCUGUGGAGAAGACUUGUCUAACGUUGGUGUGCAUUUAAUGAUUUUCUUUCAUUGCUGUGCACUUACUGACGUUUUUUUCAUUUUUACGAGGGAUGCAUUGUUUUUGGAUGGCGUUCUGUUUUCCACAGCCUGCACAUAGAUGUCUAAUUCACACCAGUUGUGUGGAUGAAGUUUAUAGCGAUAUUAAAUAUGUCUCUCGGCCGCUGGGAUUCACAUUUACGCCAUCAUCGAUGAACCGAAAUUAAUAUCACACCAACCUUAAAACCGAAACGGACGGACCUCUUCCAAUCAGCAUGUUUGGUUUUAAAAACCGUAUCACUUGUUAAACAUUUGGGACCUUGGACCACAAAACCAGUCUUACGUAGGAUGGGUAUUGUGUGGGUCAAAAUGAUAAUAUUUUCUUUUAUGCCAAAAAUCAUUAGAAUAUUAAUGUUCCAUUAAGAUAUUUUGUACAUUUACUACUGUAAAUAUAUCAAAACUGAAUUUUUGAUUAGUGAUAUGCAUUGCUAAGAACUUCAUUUGGACAAUUUUAAGGGUCAUUGCACACUUAAAAAAUAACAUUUACACGCUGCCUUCGAAACUUUCGUCCGUCAUUAACAAAAUUCAGAUCAGCUUCGAUUUUCUGCGUUUUUGCAUCCGUAGCUAGAAUUUUGAUAGGGAAGGAUGACAAAUACGAAAAAAAAUUGCAUACGAAAAUUUCGGACUCGGUGUGCAUUGACCUUAAGGGCGAUUUUCUCAAAAUUUAUAUUUGCUCCCUCAGAUUCCAGAUUUUCAAAUAGUUGUAUCUCAGCCAAGUAUUGUCCUAACAAACCACACAUCAAUGGAAAGCAUAUUUAUUCAGCUUUCAACUUUCAAAAAAUUGACCCAUGUGACUGGUUUUGUCAUUCUGGGUCACAUUUCUAAACAAAAAUCGAUCUGGUUGCAUAAUCCUGAUGGGCCAAACCUCUAAAAUAAGAGCUGGAAAUCAUCAUCCACAUGCUGUAUCAGUAUCUCAUCGCCAGUUGGGACGUUCCAUUCACCUAGCAGCACAGUUCAUGGUGCUUGUUUGACUUUAGCGUUGUGCCUUUUGGUUUAACGAACGCCCCGGCGGCUCAAUUCGCAUUGUUGGCUAACAAUGACCAAAUCCGAUCUUUCUGACAACUAUUUACCUCUGCAUUCACAACCAAAUACAGCGUUAACAUGCUUUCCUGCGUUCACUACAAGAAGCAAUCGUGACCUGUCAGUUUGCUGUCAUUACGAACACGUGGACUAAAACUAGAGGCAUUCCUUGUGCGCCCAACAAGUCUCCACUUCCUCCCUUUCUUGCCUUGUACCAAACCACUGUGGAUAGUUCUACAUUUGUAUGAUUCCAUGUAAAUAGUACCAAGCAUUUAUCGAUGUUUUGUGAGGUUUUCAUGAAGACCCUGGGUAGCCUUUGCCCAUCAGACCCCCAUGAAGACUGUUGUAAAAUAGAGCAGAUGCAGACGUUCGCUCAUUAAUGAAGUCAUAGCUAACUAGCGGCGAUCUCGCUGCAUAUUUAUAGUACUUCAAACAGUGCACUUGCAUUCCACCGUCACCAAAACACACGUCAGCAGUUGAGACCGUUUGGACUUGGUUAGCGACAAAUCGACAGCACUUAGUGACAGUUUCACCGGGCCGUUGGGACUGUGGCUACAGAUCUUCACAUUCCGUUGCCGUUUGGACACUGAUAUGCGUCUUAUAUACAGUUCUAGUUUAGUGGUGUAUUUUUACAAUAGCUUUGUGCAUUUGUACUGUUUUGAUAUACCUCUCAAAGCGCUUGUAUUCUCUCGUCUCUCCGAAGCCUUUAUGAAGUAAAACGGAGAGCGCGUGCUGUCGUCACCGCUCUGUAAAAGCAAACCAGCGCCGUCUUAAUGUCAUUUAUUCCCUGUCGCCGCCUUGUAUGGAUAAUGUAAAUAGUUUCCUACGACCAAAAGACUUCACCUACGUGCCUUGAAGUACUUUACCUGUCGACCCCCACUAACUGGAUCGGUUUUUAACAAAGAGUAACAGAAAUGACGUUUCCGAACCUUCAUGUACUUAACGAUUCCUUGGUUCAUUUCCUGUUUCUUUAUUUCUCUGUGUAUAGAAAAGAAUGUCUAUUUUGUACUGUUUCUAUCUUCCUAAUUAAAAAGGAAAGCAUUUUUUGUUUGCCUGAA